UUUUUAAUUAAUUAAAAAAUCCCAUUAAAAGCCAUAUCUUCCUACCUGUUGUGACUAUUUCUUUAUGAUCCCAUGUAAGAAGUCCUUUAUUGGCGAAGCCAUCCAAGACUUACAUACUUACGUCCACGAUUCCUAAGUUGACCAGGAUCCCUAGGUUGACCAGAAUCCCUAUAAAAGCUUAUCCCCGUCCUCCCGGUAAAAGCGUAUCUCGAUCGCUCUCGAGCUCGUGAUCGACUUCCUUCAAGCGAACAAGGAAAGGAUGGAGUUUCCCUUCGGCACCAACCCCCGGGGCUUCCCUUUCGGCCACGGCCACCAGGACCUACCCCCGCGAUCACGUACUGCUACCGAGAAGCACAAUGUCGUCAGGAUCCCCAUCACCGGCCACGACGAGGAGGAGGCAGGGAAGAUGAAGCAGCAACGGCAGAAGAAGCCGGCCACCGCAAGGCCGUCGAACUUGUUGAGGGCCGCCGCGGCCGUGAUGAUCCAGAGGCUUUGCCGGGGGUUCUUGGCGCGGAAGAGCGUUAGGGUUCUCUCGCGGAUCUCCGCGGAGGUGGGCGAGGUGGAGAGGACGAUCCGUGCGCGGGAGGGGGCGAUUCAGAGGGAUCCCAAGGAGCGGCAGAGGGCGGAUGAGAUGCUUAUGGCGGUGCUCCUUCGUCUGGAUAAUGUGCGUUGGGCGAGGGAUUACCGGAAGAAGGUGAUCCGGCGGGUUAUCUCGUUGCAGGACUUGGUGGAUUCGAUCGCCGCUCGAACCCUAGAAGAGCCGGAGAUGGUCCAUGCGUUCGAUCUUCUAGAUACGAGGGAGAUGAUGGAGAAGAUGAUCGCAGAGAACGAGAGAUUGGAGCGCUUGGUGGUCGCACUACGCGAGAGCAGUACCCAGCAUUGCGAGCUGAUGACAGGUCUGGUGGAUAGAGUUGAACACUUGGAACAGCAGACGCAGAGGAUGGAGAUGGAGGAAAGCCAUGCCAAUUCCGCUCCUUCCGAGAUGCCAGAAGAAAGACAAUAAGUAAGAAGAAAUCAAAGCUAAACGACCAUUCUUUCAGGAGCUAACACAGAAGAUUGAUUGCUGUUGGAUGAGUCUGCUGAUGAAGAUGAUGCUAACAAUUUUAGGGAAUCAGAUAGGCUGACACUUUUGUUUGCUUUUGUCUUUCGCAAUCUUUUCUAUAUUAUCUUCCAGUGUUUUAGAUAUUAUGACUUAAUGUGAUAACUGAACACUAUCACCAGCAUUGCUGGUCAACUUCCAGUUUCUGUUUCAAUAUAUCAACAGCAUUUACAGUUUGGAAUUGUAAAUACAGUCAAAUAAAUAUUAGAAAGAAGUAGAAUCGUUUUCAAAUUGUUAGCAAUUCUAAGAGAUGAAUCAAGAGUAUCUAUACAUAGAUAUCAAGUUUCCAAAACUAAAAGUUUAUGCUGUUGUGAAUCUAUUAUUAUUCAGCAGGAGAUGAAGACAUAAUUUGGACACUGAGAUGUGGUUGAUUAAAAAAUAGAGACAGCCAUCAAGAGCUUAUAUGAUUGAUGUGUGCCACAUGAAUUAGAAAGAAAAUUAUAUAUGUCAAUUUUAUAACUAUACUUUGUAGAUAAGUAUAUUAGGAAAUUAAUAAAUAACAUGAUGAAAACAACAUCGAGGAUGUCGAGAAAAGAUAGAAUACGAAAUGUGUGAUGUUAUGAAAAUU